CCGGACGUAUAUCUCCAAGCGUUGGUAUGUGAUAGUUAGUGACCGAGCUUAGACCCUCCACGCCCCUAGGUACCCGGAAAACCGCCUUUUUUGGCUGGAAAACCGCUCUCCAUGGCCGGAAUUGUGGUGGUUUUCGAUUUUGACAAGACAAUCAUCGAUUGUGAUAGCGAUAAUUGGGUCGUGGAUGGGAUGGGCGCCACCAACAUCUUCAAUGAACUUCUCCCUAUCUUGCCAUGGAAUUCUCUUAUGGAUAGAAUGAUGAAGGAGAUCCAUUCACUAGGGAAAACAAUAGAAGAUAUUGAAGAUUGCUUGAAAAGGGUCCCUUUGCAUCCCCAUAUCAUCACAGCCAUUAAAUCAGCUUAUGCUCUUGGGUGUGAUUUGAGGAUAGUGAGUGAUGCCAAUGUCUUCUUCAUUGAGACAAUCCUCAAACAGCAUGGGCUCUUUGAUUAUUUCUCGGAGAUCAACACUAAUCCCAUCUUCAUCGAUGAGGAUGGGAAGUUCAGGAUCUUGCCUUACCAGGAUUGUGCAUCUUCUCCUCAUGGAUGCAAUCUCUGCCCUCCAAACAUGUGCAAGGGUCUCAUCGUCAAGCGAAUCCAAGCAUCGGUUUGCACAGACCAAAAGAAGAGACUCAUCUACAUUGGAGACGGAAAGGGUGAUUUCUGCCCAUCAACGAAGUUGGGUGAAGGAGACCAUGUGAUGCCAAGGAAGAACUUCCCCCUCUGGGAUCUCAUUUCCAGCAAUCCAAUGCUUGUGAAGGCAAAGCUCCAUGAAUGGAGCAAUGCAGAAGAGCUUGGGAGAAUCCUCCUCCACCUCAUAAACACAAUCUCUAUUGAAGACAACAACUCCGCUCAAAUGCUCUCAAUUGAUUGCAAGUUCCAAACCAUUCCAAUCUCUUCACAUGAAGCUCUUCCACCAAUCCUCCCAAUUCCUCACUAGUUCUCUAACACCUUCCAACGGUCAAAAAAAAAAAAUUGGCCAAUGACAGUCUCAAAUGCUUCUUCUUCUUCUUCUUCUUCUUCUUCUUCUUUUUUUCUCUGUGUAAUCUGCUUAAAGACUAUCUACCAUGAAGUAGCCCCUUGGUUCUAUGUCA